CCGCUUGACCUCGUGAACAGUCGUUGUUACUUAUUCAACCGGCAAACUGCCUCACUACAAUGCUUGGGAACAAAAUAUGCUACAAUGCUCAAACCAUUGCGGACGUGGAUUAAAGGGAUCGCUUCACUCAUUCGAAGACUUUUGAGUUUUCACACAUAAUGCCUUAUAUUAAGUUUGUGUUCUUACUUUUUUGCUUGAUACUUAUCGGGGAAUGCAGAAAGCACAAAAGUAGGAAAAGGCGGUGGUCCGGGGCGGUGGAAUCUUACAAGCAUGGCGCGCCUCUGACUGGAAAAAGGAUGGUUGAUAACACCAAAUCUCGCAAAUUGAAGACAGACAACCUGCUGCGAGUGGAUGACCAUGAUUUCACCAUGAGACCAGCCUUUGCAGGCCCUGCUGUCCCUGUAGGGGUGGAUGUUCAGGUGGAGAGUUUGGACAGUAUAUCAGAGGUGGACAUGGACUUCACCAUGACCCUGUAUCUGAGGCACUACUGGAAAGAUGAGAGGCUGUCCUUUCCCAGCACAACCAAUAAGAGCAUGACGUUCGACGGGCGCCUGGUCAAGAAGAUCUGGGUGCCUGAUGUGUUCUUCGUCCACUCCAAGAGGUCGUUCAUUCAUGACACCACCACUGAGAACAUCAUGCUCAGGGUGUUCCCAGACGGACACGUGCUCUACAGCCUCAGGGUGACGGUUACUGCUGCCUGUAACAUGGACUUCAGUCGUUUCCCUCUGGAUUCACAGACCUGCACCUUAGAGCUGGAGAGCUAUGCUUACACGGACGAGGACCUCAUGCUGUAUUGGAAGAGUGGGGAUGAGUCCCUGAGCACGGAUGACAGAAUCUCCCUGUCUCAGUUCCUCAUCCAGAAGUUUCACACUACCUCCAGACUGGCUUUCUACAGCAGCACAGGCUGGUACAACCGUCUGUACAUCAACUUCACCCUGCGACGCCACAUCUUCUUCUUCCUGCUCCAGACCUACUUCCCUGCGACUCUGAUGGUCAUGUUGUCCUGGGUGUCGUUUUGGAUCGACCGCCGGGCCGUCCCGGCCAGGGUCUCAUUAGGUAUCACCACGGUGCUCACCAUGUCCACCAUCAUCACUGGAGUCAACGCCUCCAUGCCCAGAGUUUCCUACAUCAAAGCUGUGGACAUUUACCUCUGGGUCAGUUUUGUGUUUGUGUUCCUAUCGGUGCUGGAGUAUGCUGCCGUCAACUAUCUGACAACGUUGAGGGACGGGAAAGAUCGGAAGCUCAGGGAAAAGGCCAGAGAACAGUCCCUGGGCCUGGCGAGAGAACAGUCGCUCCCCUGCACAUGUGGCAUGUCCCACACCGGGACCAUGAUGGCGGACGGGACCUACAGCGAGUCCGACACCAACAGUCUAGCCGGGUACACCAGGGCCCCAGCUCCUGAGGACCCCCCGGAGAAGCAGGAACGCAUGGUGGUGCACAUCUCCUUGGACAACGAGUCCACGGCGGCAACCAAGAAGAAGACGGGCUUCCGCAGCUUCAGUUUCAUGCAGAACACCCACGCCAUUGACACCUACUCCCGCAUGAUCUUUCCUGGAUCCUACAUCAUUUUCAACCUCAUCUACUGGUCUGUGUACUGCUGAGGCU